AUGGCCUGGGGUCGCCAUGUGUACUGUGUUACACAGGGGAUGCCCUUUCUCGUCUCUCGAGGCCUGAGCAGUGACAAAGAGGAAGAGCAGACCUGUCGGUUGCUGGGCAAGUUUGAUUUGAACGGAUACGUAGAUGCCAAAAACCACUCUCUUGUCAUUGGAGGGCUGUUUCCUGUGCACUACAGGACCAUCCCAGCAAAUGAGUCUAUUUUGGAACCAUUAUCAGCAAAAUGCGAAGGGUUUAACUUCCGAGGAUUCCGCUGGCUGAAAACCAUGAUCCACACCAUCAAGGAGAUUAAUGAGAGGAAGGAUAUUUUACCCAACACCACUUUAGGCUACCAGAUCUUUGAUAACUGUUUUGCCAUCUCCAAGUCUGUGGAAUCGGCUUUGGUGUUUCUUACCGGCCAGGAAGAAAACAAGCCCAAUUUUAGAAACAGCACUGGAGCCUAUCUGGCAGGGAUGAUCGGAGCAGGAAGCUCAUCCUUAUCCAUUGCUGCCUCCAGAAUUCUAGGGAUCUAUUAUAUACCUCAGGUGGGCUAUGCCUCUACCUGCUCCCUUCUUAGUGACAAAUACCAAUUUCCAACGUAUCUUCGCACCAUACCCAGUGAUACCGCCCAAUCCAAAGCCAUGGUAAAACUCAUUCAACACUUUGGUUGGGUCUGGGUAGGCACCAUAGCAACUGAUGAUGAUUAUGGAAAAUAUGGAGUAAAAAUUUUUAAGGAAGAAGUUGAGUCUACCUCUGUCUGUAUUGCAUUUUCUGAAGUCAUCCCCAAAAUCUAUUACUAUGAGAAAAUGCAACAAGCGAUUGAUUCUAUAAAGGCAAAUAAAAAUGCCAGAGUCAUUGUGCUUUUUGCAUCUGAUAUUGAUCUCAGCCCGUUUGUGCUGGAAAUCAUUUAUCAUAACAUAACUGACCGAACAUGGAUCGCAAGCGAGGCCUGGAUCACCUCAGCCCUCAUUGCAAAGCCUGAGUACUUCCCAUAUUUUGGUGGAAGUAUUGGAUUUGCAAUACCAAGAGCUGAUAUACCAGGAUUGAAAGAAUUCCUUUAUGAUGUACAUCCUAGCAAGGACCCAGACGACGUCCUGACCAUUGAAUUCUGGCAAACCGCUUUUAACUGUACUUGGCCCAAUAGCAGUGUUCCCUACAACGUCGACCACCGAAUGAAUAUGACUGGAAAAGGGGACAGAUUAUAUGCCAUGUCUGAUCAAUUCUGUACCGGAGAGGAGAAGUUGGAGGAUCUUAAAAAUACCUACCUGGAUGUGUCACAGCUAAGAAUUACAAACAAUGUCAAACAAGCUGUGUACGCUAUGGCUUACGCCCUGGAUCAGCUAAGCAAAUGUGAAGAAGGCUAUGGUCCGUAUAUCCCAGGAAACACCUGUGCAUAUAUACCUGACUUUGAAGCAUGGCAGUUAAUGUUCUAUUUGAAGACACUUAAUUUUACAACCCAUAAUGGAGAUAGAAUCGCCAUAGAUGGAAAUGGAGAUGUGACUGGAUACUAUGAUAUUCUAAAUUGGCAAUUAAAUUAUAAUGGUGAGAUUGACUUUGUGAAGAUUGGAGAAUAUAUAUUCACAGAAUCUAAGUUUGAACUGGUGAUCAAAGAGAAUGCAACAAUAUUUUGGAACACUGAAUCAUCAGAGCGUCCCCAUUCCGUGUGUAGUGAAAUAUGUCUUCCUGGAACCCGGAAGGGCAUUCGUCAGGGAGAAGCGACAUGCUGUUUCGACUGCAUUCCGUGUGCCGACGGAUACGUGACAUCGACCCCAGGUCUGAGGGAGUGUACGCAGUGUGGUGAAGACUAUUGGUCAAAUGCACAAAAGAGCAAGUGUGUGCUGAAAGAAGUGGAAUUCCUUGCUUACGACGAGGCCUUAGGAUUCACACUGGUCAUUCUGUCCAUCUUUGGGGCCCUGGUGGUUUCUGCAGUCAUAGUUGUGUACGUGCUGCACAGGCACACGCCCCUGGUGAAUGCCAACGACCGGGCGCUGAGUUUCCUCAUUCAGGUUUCGCUGGGCAUCACGGUGCUGGCGUCCAUGCUCUUCAUCGGCAAGCCAUGCGACUGGUCCUGCAAGGCCCGCCAGAUUGUCCUGGCACUGGGGUUUUCGCUUUGUCUCUCUUGCGUUCUUGGCAAGACCAUUUCACUCUUUUUAGCCUACAGGAUCUCCAAAUCCAAAACCCAACUUACGUCCAUCCCUCCCCUUUAUCGGAAAGUCAUUGUAUUGAUCUCUCUUCUAAUUGAGCUUGGCGUAUGCAUAGCCUACUUGGCAUUGGCGCCCCCGAAGGUGUACAAGAACAUAGACUCUCAAAAUAUAAAGAUCAUUCUGGAAUGCGAUGAAGGCUCCAUAGAAUUUCUAUGCUUCAUCUUUGGGGUUGAUGUCUUCCUGGCCUUGCUUUGCUUUCUUACCACCUUUGUGGCUCGCCAGUUGCCAGAUAAUUACUAUGAAGGAAAAUGCAUCACCUUUGGGAUGCUGGUCUUUUUCAUUGUCUGGAUUUCUUUUGUCCCUGCUUACUUGAGCACCAAAGGCAAGUUUAAAGUGGCUGUGGAAAUAUUUGCCAUCUUGGCGUCCAGCUACGGCUUGUUGGGUUGCAUAUUUGCUCCCAAGUGCUUCAUAAUUCUCCUGAGGCCAAAGAGGAACACCAAUGAAAUUGUUGGGGGACGAGUCCCAACGAUAGAUAAAAGUAUCCAACUCACGUCAGCCUCUGUGAGCAGUGAGAUUAACAAUACCAUGGUGUCUACUGUUGUUCCUGAAGAUUAG